AUAAACAUUAUGAAAUAUUAUAUUUGUUUGUCACUACUAUUGGUUGGUGUUAAUUCGUUUUACAUUGACGAUGAGCCGAGCAACAAGGACAAAAUUCUCGGCGGGAAGAUAGCGUCGAUCAAGAAAUUUCCCUAUCAGGCUCAAUUCGUCGCUUGGGGCCUCACGCAAUGCGGCGCGAGCAUCGUGUCGGACCUUUGGCUGAUCACGGCCUGCCACUGCAUCGUCGGCACGUGGUUCAUGCUGCCGCGGCAAAUCAUCACGGGCACGCGCUUCAACGGCCGCGGUGGCGUGCUGCGCGAGAUCGAUUACAUCGUCCAGCAUCCGCGCUUCGUUCGCGCGAAUUUCGACAACGAUAUCGCUAUGAUCAAGUUGAAGGAACCAAUAGUGUUCGAUUCGAAGCAGCGGCCGAUACCCUUGAUCAAUCGACGCGUCAAAGUCGGAGAUAGAGUUCUCAUUUCUGGCUUCGGAAUCGAAAAAGAAGACCCUUCUGAAGACGUGUCCAUGCGAGUCGGCUCACCGAAACUGCUCAAAGCCUCGGUCUACGCCACGGACUACGAGUCCUGCCGCGAGAUCUACGCUCGGACCAACGACAGCCGAGCCGUCAGCGACAAUAUGUUUUGCGCUUGGGCACCCGGCAAGGACUCCUGCCACGGUGACUCGGGCGGUCCCGCCGUGGUCGGGGGCAAGCUCGCCGGCAUCGUGUCGUUCGGCGACGUCUGCGGCUCGGCCGACUUUCCCGGCGUCUACACGCAGCUGCACAAUUAUCUGGCCUGGAUCGCCGAGGUCAUGGGCGAGCAGCGAAGCGGCCUCGAGCUGUACGUCAACCAGCCCAACGUCCAGAAAGAUCCGGACGUCGAGAACGUCGACGGAGAGGAGGAAGGAGAGUACGUGGAUGUCGACGACUACUACGACGAUAAUUCGUUUUGGCACAAAGCCGUCGACUUUACAAAGUCGAAGGUAAACGCGAUCGCAGAAAAGUUCGGCUUUGUUGGGCCGAUCUGGAAACGUUAUUUGUGAAUUGAACAAUUUGUCAGAGUCAUUGAACGGGUAUUAAAUAAAUGAACGAAAAA